AUGAUUGAAGAUAAUAAUAAUAUUAAUAGUAGUAGUAGUACAUCACCACCAAUUACAGUGGUUAGAGAAAGAACACUCUCGAGCAGUGGCACAAGAUAUUCUAUGAACUCAAUGUCACCCAAUCAUAGAUUGAAUGGAGCCAAUAACAAUCAUAGUAAUAGUAGUUCAGAUAGAGAUGAAGAGUCAUCCGGCUAUGAUGACGAUGACGAUGAUUAUUUAGAUACUAGCAGUGAAGAUGAAGCUAUUAAUUCCAUUGAAAUCUAUGAUGAAUUAGCAUCUAAUGGAAAUACAAUACUAACAACAUCAACUACAAGUUUAAAUGGUGCAAAUUUAAAUAACAAUAAUAAUGAUUCUUCAAGAAGAUUUAGACAAUUAAAUAAUAAUAAUAAUAAUAAUAAUAAUCAUAGCAAUAAUUAUAGAAAUAAUAAUAGUAAUAAUAAUCAUGUUAAUAGUAAUAGUAAUAAUAAUAGAUUAAGAAGGAAUAGAAAUAAUAGAGCGAAUUAUGAUGGUGGAUGUUGUGGUUUGUUAAGUGUUUUCACUUCAUUGUUUUCAUUUGGAAAAUCAAGAAAUAAUCUUGACAUUCUUGCUGGUGGCGGUGGCAGUGGAGGUGGUGGAGUCUACAGUAGGAAGAGGAAUAUCCUGUGUGUUGGUGUAACUCUCUUGUUUAUCGUUUCGAUCUUCUUGAUACUCAUGGUGUUGAUGCGUGUCCCCGUUUCUUAUUCCGACCAGGAGGAGUAUUCCGAUCGAAUCUUAACAUCGUACUGUCGAUUCGGAUUCAUCAAGAAUUCUGCAGUCUACCAACAACUGUCGUCACCAUCACAACUGCAGACCAGCUGUGUAUUCGGACCUGACCAUCUCGACUACGAAUGUACUCCCGCCGCCAACACUCGACUUACAAACUAUCGUUAUGAACUUGAAGUUGCUGAUGGUUAUGGUGGAAGUAGUAGUGGUAGUGGUGGGAAUAAUAUUAAUACUGCUGCUGCUGCUGCUGCUGCUGCUGAUCCAUUCUCUUGCCAACAACCAGUUGUAAGCGUAAUCGUUCCAAUCUAUAAUAUAAAGAUAGAGUAUCUUGAGGAGAUGAUUCUAUCUCUAGAGAGACAGUCGCUUCAGUCUUUUGAGGUGUUGGUAGUCGACGACGGAUCUACAGAGACACCGCUAGAGUCGUUCCUUAGGAAUUGGAAAUCAAGAGAUCCACGUAUCUCCAUUCACAAACACAGUUCUAAUCGUGGACUCUCCGCAGCUAGAAACACUGGUAUUCGUCAUAGUCGUGGUGACUAUCUGUUCUUCCUGGACGGCGACGACCAGAUCGAACCUACCACCCUCGAGAAGUUGGCAUGGAAGUUGGAGUCCACACCGGAGAUUAAAUUUGCAAAAGGCUUGACUGUGGGAUUCGGUGCACAAAACUACACUUGGAACAAAGGAUUCGAACAGUCAACCGGAUUUCUCAGUGAGAAUCAAGUGACUGCAACGAUUAUGUUCCGAAAGGAUGUGUUUACCGUUCAGGGAAAGUCACUGACCGCUGGCGGUGCCACAACACCACAAUCGACGCCGAUAUUCAACGGUUAUGACGAGUCUAUAAUUGGUGGCAUGGAGGAUUGGGAUUUCCUGUUGCGACUGGCAGAGAAAGGUUACUGGGGAGAAACCAUCCCAGAGUAUCUCGAUUGGUAUCGUCGCAAAGAUACAGAGACAUCAAAGCAAACAUGGUCCAAUUUCAAUACAGAGAAGAAAGAAAAACUCAUUGCCCAAUUCAAAUUGAAAUAUCCAUUGAUUCAUUCCAAUGCAUUCCCAAAAAUUGAAAAGAAAGAUAGAAACUAUCAAAUAGAAUCAACUUUAAGUUUCCAUAACCCUAUAAAGAAGGUUGGUCCUAGAUUACUAUUGAUUUUGCCAUGGUUCAAUACUGGUGGAGCUGAUAAAUUCAAUUUGAAUCUAAUUAAACAAUUGGUUCAAAAAGGUUGGGAAAUAACAAUUGUUGCAACUUUACAAUCGAAUAAUCCAUGGUUAGAUCAAUUUAAAUCAUUAACAUCAGAUAUUUUCAUAUUGAAUAACUUUUUAUCAAUAUAUGAUUUCCCAAGAUUCCUAUGUUAUUUAAUUGAAUCUAGAAGGAUAGAUAUUACUAUGGUUACAAAUAGUGAAAUUGGAUAUCUCUUUAUUCCUUACAUACGCGAGCGUUGUCCUUAUUCAUCGAUUGUCGAUUACAUUCAUAUGGAAGAGAAUGAGUGGAAGAAUGGUGGAUUCGCAAGGUAUUCGCUGUCGUUGCAAUCUCAGCUUGACCUCUCGAUUGUCUCUUCCGAUCAUCUGAAGGAAUGGAUGAUCAAGAAAGGUACUCAGCGAUUCUCUCACAGCUCUGGUGGUCAGUCCUCGAACAACAUGGUGAAUAACCAUCUUCAAAUCAAAGCAAACAAACAACAGGAGAAGGAAUACACUCGAUACGCUCAGAGCUUGAAGAAUAACAUUGAUGUUGCCUAUGUGAAUGUCGAUACCAACGAAUUCUUUAUGAAUUUGGUGGAGCGAUCUUCGGUGCGCUCGAGAUACUCCAUUCCACCCGGACAAACCGUUAUCCUGUAUGCCGCUAGAUUGACCGAGCAGAAACAACCGAUGGUUGCACUCGAGGUGUUCAAAGACAUGAUACUUAAGAACUUGUCAUUCACCGCUUUGGUUAGUGGCGACGGUGCAUUGCGUGAGCAGAUGGAGGAGUUUGUUCAACGCAAUGGCAUGGCAGACCACGUUAAGUUGCUAGGUAAUGUUCCGCUCUACGAUAUGCCACGUUUGAUAUCGGCAUCGGAUAUUGUGUUUUUGCCAAGCAAGAUGGAGGGAAUCGCUAUGUUGUUCUACGAAGCUAUGGCUGCGGGAGUUGUGCCUGUCGGUGCCAAAGUCGGUGGCCAGGACAAUGCUGUUGCAUCGUCAGCAAGAGAUCGACCAAUACUCGAAAGCUCUGGAGUCACUUAUCACCAAUCCUCAGCACAUGAAGAAUCUCGGCAAGAAUUGUCGUGA